CUCUCUUUUUAUUUUUCUGCACCUUAUUAUUAUUUGUUUAUUUUGCACAAUAGUUUAUAUGCUGAAAAUUUGAUUUCAGUUUUGAAACAAAAAGAGACAAGUUUUUAAGCAAAAAUUGAUAGGACCCAAUUCACCCCCUUCUUGGGUAGCUAGCUGGGAUUUCAAUUGGUAUCAGAGGAGGUUCUCAUAGAAACAGAUUUAACAAUCUUGAGUAGAUCCAUGGCUUCCCAAACUCAUUUUGUUGAUGGUCAUUUAAUCACUAGGCCACCUUAUUUUGAUGGAACAAAUUAUCAAUACUGGAAAAAUAAGAUGUCGAUUAGGUUAGAAGCAAAUAGCUAUGAGAUGUGGGAUUGUAUUGCUAGAGGACCUUAUAAAGUAUUAGUUAGGGACAAGAAUAACAAACUUGUUCCUAAGGAUCCUGCAUCAUAUGAUGACGCUGAUAGAAAAAGACUGCAGAUAAAUGCUCAAGCUAAAAAUGCUUUAUUUUGUGCUUUACAUCCUAGUGAAUAUGAUAGAAUUAGUGCAUGUGAGUCUGCUAAGGAAAUGUGGGAUAAAUUACAAGUGGCUUAUGAAGGAACUAAUGAAGUCAAGAAAUCAAAGAUUAGCAUGUUGGUUAAAAAAUAUGAGCUUUUCAAAAUGAAAUCAGAUGAAGACAUUAAAGACAUGUUUACUCGUUUUACCAAAAUCACUAAUGAAUUAAAGCUUUUUGAUAGGGUGCUUCCUAAGGAAGAUAAGGUUAGAAAGAUUCCCCGCUCCUUGCCAAAAUCUUGGUGCUCAAUCAAGACAACAAUAGAAGAAGCUCAUGAUUUAAGUGCCAUGACUGUUGACAUGCUGCAAGGAAAGCUCUUUACACCUUUCAAAAGCUCCUCCAAAGAUGAAAGUGACAGUGAUGAAGAGGAUGAUGAAGAAUUUGUAUUGCUUGCUCAAAAGUUUAAGAGGUUGCUAAGGAAAGACAAGUUGAAGAAUCAAGGACAGCAAAAGAAAAACUACAAAAGCAGUAAAGGAAAGGGAGAAAGCAGUAAAAAGGAUGAGAUUAUCUGCUACAAGUGCAAGAAGGUUGGACAUAUUAAGUUUGAGUGUCCAAACAAUGAUGAAAAGAGUCUAAAAGCCAAAAAGAAAAAGAAGGCAAUGGUUGCCACAUGGAGCUACAGUGAGGACUCAUCUUCUAGUAAAGAAGAAAGUGGUAUGGAAGCUCAUAUUUGUCUCAUGGCAAAUGUCUCAUGGCAAAUGAUGACACAGAUGAGGGAAGUUUCAAGGAAAAAUUAAAGAAAGAAAAUUUUAUCUGGACA